GAGUCCUCUUUGAAAUUCAUUAUCCAGAAAAAUAUAAUGUCUUCACAAGAGUAAACAUAAGCUAUUGGGAAGGUAAAGACUUCCGGACAAUGUUAUAUAAAGAUUUCUUUAAGGGAAAAACAGUAUUUAAUCAUUGGCUGCCAGGAAUAUGUUAUAGUAAUAUUACCUUUCAGCUGGUAUCUGAGGCAACAUUUAAUAAAAGUACUCUCGUGGAGUACAGUGGUGUCAGUCAUGAACCCAAACAGCAUAGAACUGCCCCUUAUCCACCUCGAAACAUCUCGGUUCAUAUUAUAAACUUGAACAAAAACAAUUGGGAAGAACAGAGUGGCAGUUUCCCAGAGGAAUCCUUCAUGAGGCCACACGAUACCAUGGGAAGAGACAAACUCUUCCAUUUUACAGAUGAAACUCCUGAAAUUCCCUCUGGCAACAUUUCUUCUGGUUGGCCUGAUGUUAACAGCAGUGACUAUGAAACUACACCCCAGCCAUAUUGGUGGGACAGCGCAUCUGCAACUCCGGAAAGCGGAGAUGGCUUUGCCAGGGUGCUUCCCCUGGGAUAUGAAAAUAACGACACACUCAGUGAGACCGAGAAGCCAACGUCAGGCUCCUUCACCUCUUUCCCUGUGCAAAUGAUACUCAGUUGGUUGCCACCAAAGCCACCCACUGCCUUUGAUGGGUUCCAUAUCCACAUAGAAAGGGAAGAAAACUUUACUGAACAUUUGACAGUCGCUGAAGAAGCACACGAAUUUGUUACAGAACUGAAGGAGCCUGGGAAAUAUAAGUUAUCUGUGACAACCUUUAGUUCCUCAGGAUCUUGUGAAACUCGAAAAAGUCAGUCAGCAAAAUCCCUCAGUUUUUAUAUCAGUCCUUCGGGAGAGUGGAUGGAGGAGCUCACGGAGAAGCCCCGACAUGUGAGUGUCCAUGUUUUAAGCUCAACCACCGCCUUGAUGUCCUGGACGUCCUCCCAAGAGAACUACAAUGGCACCAUUGUGUCUGUGGUGUCCCUCACCUGCCAGAAACAAAAGGAGAGCCAGAGGCUAGAAAAACAGUACUGCACGCAGGUGAACUCAAGCAAACCUAUUAUUGAAAAUCUGGUUCCUGGGGCCCAAUACCAGGUUGUGAUGUACCUAAGAAAAGGCCCUUUGAUUGGACCACCUUCAGAUCCUGUGACAUUUGCCAUUGUUCCAACUGGAAUAAAGGAUUUAAUGCUCUACCCCUUGGGCCCCACAGCAGUGGUUUUGAGCUGGACCAGACCAUACUUAGGAGUGUUCAGAAAGUAUGUGGUUGAAAUGUUUUAUUUCAACCCCGCAACAAUGACAUCGGAGUGGACAACCUACUACGAAAUAGCAGCGACCACCUCCUUAACUGCAUCUGUGAGAAUAGCUAAUCUGUUACCAGCGUGGUACUACAACUUCCGAGUGACCAUGGUGACCUGGGGAGACCCAGAAUUGAGCUGUUGUGACAGUUCCACCAUCAGCUUCAUAACAGCCCCAGUUGCUCCAGAAAUCACUUCUGUGGAAUAUUUCAACAGUCUGUUAUAUAUCAGUUGGACAUAUGGGGAUGACACAACUGACCUCUCCCAUUCUAGAAUGCUGCAUUGGAUGGUUGUUGCAGAAGGAAAGAAGAAAAUUAAAAAGAGCGUAACACGCAAUGUCAUGACUGCAAUUCUCAGCCUGCCUCCAGGAGAUAUCUACAAUCUCUCCGUAACUGCUUGCACUGAAAGAGGAAGUAAUACCUCCAUGCUCCGCCUUGUCAAGCUAGAACCAGCUCCUCCAAAAUCACUCUUUGCAGUGAAUAAAACCCAGACUUCGGUGACUCUGCUGUGGGUGGAAGAGGGGGUAGCUGAUUUCUUUGAAGUCUUCUGUCAGCAAGUUGGCUCUGGUCAGGAAACAAAACUGCAGGAACCGAUUUCUGUUUCUUCUCAUGUUGUGACCAUCUCCAGCCUUCUUCCUGCCACUGCCUACAACUGUAGUGUCACCAGCUUUAGCCACGACAGCCCCAGUGUCCCCACAUUUAUAGCCGUCUCAACAAUGGUUACAGUGAUGAAUCCCAAUGUGGUAGUCAUCUCAGUGCUGGCCAUUCUUAGCACCCUGCUAAUUGGAUUGCUGCUGGUCACCCUGAUCAUUCUCAGGAGAAAGCAUCUGCAGAUGGCUAGGGAGUGUGGAGCGGGAACUUUUGUCAAUUUUGCGUCCUUGGAGAGGGAUGGAAAGCUUCCAUACAACUGGCGUAGGAGUAUAUUUGCUUUCCUAACCCUGCUACCUUCAUGUCUUUGGACUGAUUAUCUUUUGGCAUUUUAUAUUAAUCCUUGGAGUAAAAAUGGUUUAAAGAAGAGAAAACUGACUAACCCGGUUCAACUGGACGACUUUGACGCCUACAUCAGGGAUAUGGCCAAAGACUCUGACUAUAAAUUUUCUCUUCAAUUCGAGGAGUUGAAAUUGAUUGGACUGGAUAUUCCACACUUUGCUGCAGACCUUCCACUGAACCGAUGUAAAAAUCGUUAUACAAACAUCCUACCAUAUGACUUUAGCCGAGUGCGAUUAAUCUCCAUGAAUGAAGAGGAAGGAGCAGACUACAUCAAUGCCAACUACAUUCCUGGAUACAACUCAUCCCAGGAGUAUAUCGCCACGCAGGGGCCACUGCCUGAAACCAGAAAUGACUUCUGGAAGAUGGUCCUACAGCAGAAGUCUCAGAUUAUUGUCAUGCUCACUCAGUGCAAUGAGAAAAGGAGGGUGAAAUGUGACCACUACUGGCCGUUCACGGAAGAGCCCAUCACUUACGGAGACAUCACCGUGGAGAUGAUCUCGGAGGAAGAGCAGGAUGACUGGGCCUGCAGACACUUCCGGAUCAUCUAUGCUGACGAGAUGCAGGACGUGACGCAUUUUAACUACACUGCGUGGCCUGAUCACGGUGUGCCCACGGCCAACGCUGCAGAAAGCAUCCUGCAGUUCGUGCACGUGGUCCGACAGCAAGCUGCCAAGAGCAGAGGCCCCAUGAUCGUGCACUGCAGCGCUGGCGUCGGCCGGACGGGAACGUUCAUCGCCCUGGACAGGCUCUUGCAGCACAUUCGGGAGCACGAGUUUGUGGACAUCUUAGGGCUGGUGUCAGAAAUGAGGUCAUACCGGAUGUCCAUGGUACAGACAGAGGAGCAGUACAUUUUCAUCCAUCAGUGUGUGCAGCUGAUAUGGACGAAGAAGAAGCAGCAGUUCUGCAUCAGUGACGUCAUCUACGAGAAUGUCAGCAAGUCCUAGUCAGAAUCCGGAGCAGACAGGACACGGUAUGCGCCCAUCCUCCCUUGCUUCCAGAGUUUUGGGGGCUCCUGCUAGCCAUUUUGCUAAGAGGAGCCCCUGCUUUGUAAUAUGUGGCCCAG